AUGAAUCCUGGUGGGAAGGGACGAGAUGCUCAAGGUUUGGAGGCGCGCCGCGUGGAGAACGUGUUGCGGUGCUCUUCGCUUUGGUACACAAUGACCGACAGUAAAGACAUUGGAUGGAUGUACGAAGGAGCUAAGUCUCUUGUGAAUCGGGAGGAUUAUCUCUUGGGAAAGAAGGUCGACAAGAACUUCGAGAAGUACUCAGAUGCAGUGAAUGAGCAGAAGCCUGAUGCAUUCGAAGCUUUACUUCACACUCGAGAGCCCGAGAUAGUUCCGAUAACGAAUCAGAUGCAGAACAAAGAGCUCCUCGGAGGCGAAAUGGUUCUGGCGAAGCUAAAAAGGACGGACAUUUGA